AUGGCAUCAAAGUCUUAUUAUGAGAUCAAUAAUGGAACACAAAUCGGUAAUAACCAUGAUACACCCACAACACAAUGCCACCUAUCCAAGCGACCAAAGACCUCCCACCAUGACGGUUUGCCAGCUCCACGACACGAGCGUUACACCAUCGCUUGGAUUUGCGCGCUGUACAUAGAAAUGGCAGCAGCUCAGGCAAUGCUAGACGAAUCUCAUGAAAUCUUGCCUACCCAUGCGGACGAUAGGAACACCUACGUACUAGGAGACAUCUAUCGGCAUAAUGUUGUCAUUGCGUGUUUACCAGAUGGGCAAUAUGGAACAAACAACGCAGCAAUCCUCAUGACGAACAUGAAGCGGACGUUCCCACAGAUUCGUGCAUGUUUGAUGGUUGGAAUUUCCGGCGGUGUGCCAAGCAAGGCUGAUGUACGCUUGGGUGAUAUUGUCGUCGGAACAAGGGUAAUGCAGUAUGAUCUUGGGAAAGCUUUUAGAGAUGGAGAGCUCCAACGAACGGCGAUUCCGAGAAUUCCCCAUCAAUUGCUCGGUACGGCUGUGUCUUGUAAGGACAACCCAUACUCCCGCCCGAGCUCUCCGGAUCGUCUAUUCCAUGCGAUCUAUGAUCAUGAAUCUCUAACCGGCAGCUGUGACAAAUGCGACCACUCAAAGCUAGUCCCACGAAGCAGACGGAUGCUGGCCGAAGUUAGGAUCCAUUAUGGCGCAAUCGCCUCUGGAAACCAAGUCAUGAGGGACGGCACAACACGGGACAACAUUGCUCGACAGCUAGAUGUCAUAUGUUUGAGAUGGAAAGCGCUGGUCUGA